AUGAAUGAUCCUCUUGAAGAAACAAUUACAAAUGUCAAAUCGAUUAAUUCUGAAAUUGAAACCACAAAUAAUAAUAAUUCUCUUGAAGAAACUGAGUCAAAUAAUAAUGUAUAUAUACCUAUGAACAAAGAAAUUGAAGACAUGAUAAAUUAUGGUGAAGUUAAGAAUACUACUCACAAUACAAGAUUCUGGUUGAAAGUUCUGACAGAUGUUAGAAUAAAAAUGAGAUACAAUUAUGACAUUAGUGAAAUUGUUGUUAUAAAUCAGUUACAAGAAGAAUUGAUUCAUUUUUCAAAACCAGGAAGCGCUAAAACUGCAGCAAAAUAUUCUCAAGUCCCAAUUAUAAAUGCUGGUGAUGGUACUGGCGAGCAUCCUACACAAGCAUUCCUCGACGUUUAUACAAUACGUGAAGAAUUAGGCACUGUAAAUGGGUUGACAAUAACUUUAGUUGGUGACUUAAAGAACGGACGUACAGUACAUAGUUUAGUUCGAAUAUUGGCACAAUAUCAUGUUAAACUUAAUUAUGUUAGUCCAAAUUCAUUAUGUAUGCCAACUCAAAUCAAAAAUGAAAUACGUAAAAUUAGCAAUAUACAACAAAACGAAUAUACAGAUUUGGAUGAUAUAAUUGCCGAUACAGAUGUACUUUAUGUGACAAGAAUACAGCGUGAGCGAUUUUCGGAUGCUGCAGAAUAUGAAAAAAUCAAAGAUGCUUAUGUGAUAAAUAAUUCUACGUUAAGAAAAUGUAAAUUCCAAAUGAUUAUAAUGCAUCCACUUCCAAGAAUAAACGAAAUUGAUCCAGAAGUAGAUUUUGAUGAACGAGCAGCUUAUUUCCGACAAAUGAGAUAUGGAAUGUUUGUAAGAAUGGCCUUAUUAGCUUUGGUUUUAGGAAAGACUAUAUAG